GAAGUAACUCGUCUCAACGGCAACUACAGGGCUUCUCUGCCGGGGUCCACUGCACCUGCUGCAACUUACUGCCACGCGGAACGAGCAUCCUCCUCCAUGUCCGGCGGUUUAACGAUGGAUCACAGUCUCCUGUCUCGGUCUGUCUGGACCGGUGACAGUAAAUUCCUUCAGCAUCCAGCGGAUCUCUACACCAGCGUGGAGGUGACGCGCAGCAUUCCCGCAGGCACAUGCUUUGGUCCAUGUGUUGUCCAAAACACUUUCUACGACACUAUCGCCUUCAUAGCACAGAAAUCCUGCGACAAGAGAGCGAAAUCCUGCGUGUUCAGGGUCGACCCGGAGGCCAUGCGCAAUUCUGCUCUAGUGUUGUCCUGGUUGCGGCUCGUGCAGGCUGCGCGCAACAGAGAGGAGCAGAACACAGAGGCCUUUCUGAAAGCGGGUCAGCUUUAUGUGCGGACCACCCGGGACAUCCGGCCGGAGGAAGAGCUGCUGGUGUGGUACGACCAAGAACUGUCUCAUCUACUGGGCUUUGCAGACAUGACCAAAGGAUCUAACGAAGAGUUCAAAUGUGGUCGAUGUAACCAGGUCUUCACAAACGAGUAUCCUUUCUUGGCCCACUGCCGAUUCCUGUGUACUCCAAAAAGUGACGUAUGGAGCGGCGAGGUUUACGAACAGCACGGGGAAACUAAAAGGCAACACAAGGUGACAGAUUUCCACAACAUCGCCAGAGAUUUGGAGGACAAGAAAUCUGGCAGCAACGAGGACUCAGAUGUUUCCACCAGAAAAAGGAGAUGUGAAGAAAUGCUUCACCCCAAGUGGCAAAAAACAGUUCUGUUAGAAAAAACGAAUAUUUCUAACGAUAAUAUAACACAGCUGAUUAAGGGCUAUGACCAGGCGGCAGGUGACGCAUCAUCCUCAGAGGGGAAACGGAAAACUGACCGGGUUAAAGCGGACCACGUGGGACGUAAAAGUGAUGAGUUACCUGACGUUGGGAAAGCCAGCGGGACUUUUGCGCACGAAAGAGAGAUAGAAAGACGGUCGGGCGUUGGAGAAGGCUUUUGUGUGCGUUCAAAUAGUUACAGCGCAUUUUCUCUGGUGUUGUCCAACCACCAUGACGAGCAGAAAAGCGCAUUUUGUAAACCGAGUAAAAGAACAUCUCCACUUGAACCUCAGGCAAAUCUUAGUAGCGAUCCUACAGCCCCCUCUAGCCGCUUGGAGGAGAUGACUGACGCUUUUACCACCAGGACUGUUCUGGGAUACAACAACCUGAUUACAUCCAACAUCCUGAACACUGACUUGCAAUCUGUACCCUCACCAGUUGCAUUAAGAAACGCAUUCCUUUACGCACCGGAGCACUGGUCUAGAAACAUUGGCGCCCAGCUGCAGAGCACACCUUCCCUCACGAUCCUCCCACCGACUUUCACCUCAUUUGGCGUUUCGGUGCAAAAUUGGUGUGCCAAAUGCAACCUGUCCUUCCGCAUGACCUCAGACCUCGUUUUUCACAUGCGCUCUCACCACAAGAAAGAGUUUGCGGUAGAGUCUCAGGUGAGACGGAGGAGGGAGGAGAAACUUACCUGCCCGAUCUGUCACGAAUACUUCAGAGAGCGGCACCACCUGUCCAGGCACAUGACCUCUCAUAACUAAUAAAUAAAUGAACAAAAAAGAAAUGAAAAAAAUAUUUAUUUUUAAAUGAUGCUCGUAUUUAAGUUUAGAUACUUGGUCUAUGUCAAUGAAUGUAGCUGUAAAAAUAGCUAUACACUUGGUCAUCACGGCCUGUCCGCUAGAUGACGAUAGAGGUACGCGUUAAGCUGAGCUCACUGCUGUUAGUCUGUCCUGUAGUCCUGUAUGGGUGAAGCUGAUGAAUGAUUUGUGCCUUAUGGAACUCAGGAGGGAAGAAAGACAGAGAUUCGAGGACAGCUCAUGAUUGUCACAAAUAGGCCAUCUUGACGCAGGUUCUCUUAUUAACCACCUUUUCUCUGCUCUGGUUUGUGCAAACAUGGACUGAGUCUACUUGCACAUUCGUUUGGAAAUAAUAAUAAUAAACUACAAAAGU